AUGUCAAAGGGAGAGCAGCAAGACCUGGUGGCUAUUAAAGAACUAGAGUCAAUCCUGGAGUCCUGCAAGCUUGAUCUGACACCACUAGAUGAGGUCUGGCCUAAUCUCUACAUCGGAAACGUGGCCAUAGCUCAGAACAGGGGUGCAUUAAAGAAGCUUGGUAUCACACACAUCCUGAACGCAGCUCACUUUAAGCAGGGCAGCAUCGGUGACCAGGAUUACUAUGGAAACACCUGUGUGUACUGUGGCUUCCCUACAGAAGACUCAUCCCAUUUUGACCUCAGCCAGUACUUUAAACCUGCAGCUGACUUCAUACAUAAGGCCCUGAAGACUAAAGAUGGGAAGGUGUUGGUGCAUUGCAUCAUGGGUAUAAGUCGUUCCGCCACGCUGGUGCUGGCGUUCCUGAUGAUGCACUGUCAUCUGCCGCUUCGCACCGCGCUCAAACAUGUGACCCAGCGACGCGCCAUCUACCCCAACAGACACUUCCUGUCACUACUGCUCACCCUCGACACACAGCUCACACGCAAGAGGAGACUAUGUCCUCUUCUCUGA